AUGGCGUUGUCUCUGAUGAGACUGGGUUUUCGUUCCGCUGUAAUGAACUUGGAGAGAUCAGCGGCUGUUCUCUCAAAUGCAAGUGUUCAAAAACAAAUUAAGCUGAUUCACACAAAAGUGAUCUGCAAUGGCAACGUGUGCUACAUACAGACAAUACAAGAGUCUCGAGAUAUCGAAGUAGCAGAGUACGCAGGAGCACUGAGACGGAACUACAGCAAGCAGCACGGCAGACCAGAGGAGAACCGGAGGAAAAAAGAGUCUGACAGCGAAAGUGACUCCGAUUCUGACACGGAGUGCAAGGGUUACGACCGAUCCGAGUUUUGGAGGCGAAAAAUGCGCACAGUGCACAACAUCCUCGACGUAGACAAGGAUGGAUUGAUCUCAUUCAAUGACUUCCUGCUAUUUUCCGAACGCUUUAAGUCCCUAGGAAAUCUGGAUGAGAAGCAAGCUAAAGAAUUCAGUGAUAUUAUUAAGUUAACAUGGGAAGAGCAAUGGGGUGUGAUAGACCCCUACAACUACGUGACCGUGGAGCAGUAUCUAGAAGAUAUGAACCACAUGCUUAAUGAUAAAAAUUUAAAGAAAAGGGCCCACCAAUGGCUGCCGUAUUUAUUUAAGGCAGUUGAUAAAGACAAGUCUGGAUAUAUCUCCGUGGAGGAGUUCAAGCUGUUCUUCCAGUGCCUCGGACUCGACAACGAGCACGCGGCCGUUGCCUUUGCAGUUAUCGACACUAAUAUGGACGGCAAGCUAUCUCUCAAAGAGUUUGUGAAACUCGGAAAAGAUUUCUUCUUUACGGAGGACGAAACGCGAGUCUCCAAGAUGUUCUGGGGUCCGCUGAUCAAUGUCUAGUUCGAUAGUAUUGUAAAUAUUGUAAUGUUACAUCAAAGCAAAGAUUGCGACACAACGGGACGUAAUAC